GCACGGAUCCCGGGUGGAGUGACGGGAGGGAGUCCCAGCUGCUCUUGCUUUCCAGCGAUGGCGCCGCGGGGCCGCGCCCAGUCCCCCACCUGCCGGCCGGUGCUCGCCGCUAUCCCGAGCUCUCUCAGACGGUGAGAACUGAGGGCAGUUCUGAGGGAGCAGCGGAACACCGCCUGCGACCGGGACCAUGAGGAGCGGCCAGACCCGUGGGGCCGAUAGCGGGAACAGCCACGGCGCCUGCUGAGAGGAAAAAGAGGGAGCGGCCCGGUGCGGCGGCGCGGCGGGGGCGCGGCGGAGGCUCGCCCGCGCCUCAGCGAUGUCCCUGCUGUGCGUGCGCGUUAAAAGAGCCAAAUUCCAGGGUUCACCAGAUAAAUUUAAUACAUAUGUGACCCUGAAAGUACAGAAUGUGAAGAGCACAACUGUAGCAGUUCGUGGUGAUCAGCCUUCCUGGGAACAAGAUUUCAUGUUUGAGAUUAGUCGCCUGGACCUGGGUCUAAGUGUGGAGGUAUGGAACAAAGGACUGAUCUGGGAUACCAUGUUGGGGACCGUGUGGAUUGCCUUGAAGACUAUUCGUCAGUCUGAUGAGGAAGGGCCUGGGGAGUGGUCCACAUUGGAAGCAGAGACAUUAAUGAAAGAUGAUGAGAUCUGUGGAACUAAAAACCCAACUCCUCAUAAAAUUUUGCUUGAUACAAGAUUUGAGUUACCUUUUGAUAUCCCAGAAGAGGAAGCCAGAUAUUGGACCUACAAACUGGAGCAAAUCAAUGCUUUGGGAGCUGACAAUGAGUAUUCUGUGCAAGAAGGAAGCCAGAGGACGCCAUUGCCCACUGCUGCCGCCCAGUGUUGUAAGUGAGAAACUUGUCUCUGAACCUCUCUUAAUUGCAGCUUUGUCCCUUCUCCAAACGUGGCUUAUUUUGAGUGGGAAGGCUAGAGAUGUAAUAUAUGUAAAUAGAAGAUAUUCCAGAAGCACACGUGCUUGAGCACAUACCUCCAAUGGCUAUCUGCUCAUUAGUUUUAGGAGGAAAUCUUUUUGGUUUUGUGUGACUGUAGGCAGGGUAGUGGUACUCAUCUGUUUUUUCCAUUUGCUAGCUUUUACUCCUAGGGCAAUGAGUGUUACCCGCUCUAUCCUGUUUACAUGUUAUUAUUCUUUAAGGCUUACUUUAAAUAGCACCACUCCAGGAAAUCUUUCUGCUGUUUCCUUCUUCCCUGAAGUCUGGCUUAGGUGUCUCUCCUCUGUGUGCUUCCAUUAUACCCUGUGCAUACAUGUAUUAUAUGACCUAUUAUAAUAUCAUAAUCUAUGUAUAUUUCUUUGACAAAAACA